AUGCUUUCCGUUCCUUCUAAGCUUUGUGGAAUCAUUAUUGUUUACAUGGGCCUCACCAAGGCAUCGUCAAGUCAUGCCCUAUGCCUUUUGCAAGGGAAGACAUUGCUGCAGAACCCAUUUGAGUUCAGUGAUGAACACAUUCUGGAUAAUGUCUACAGAACCCACUUUCAUUGUGUUGAGAAGUGCGAUGUGCAAUCUCUUCACACCGUUGCCUCAACAGUAAUCAACCACUCCAUUCAAAUCACAGACACCGUCCUUGCCAAGGGUAGCCAACUCAGUGAUCGAUACAGAGAAGAAAGCACCAUUACUUCCCAACAGCUAACGGCAAAACUCAAGCGAAUUGCUUGUCAGAUGGUGUGCACUGCUCGUGGUGAGCACUAUGCGCAUCACACAACAAUGCUGAUUCUGGAACAGUUGAAAGCAUACUCGUGGGAUGCAAAGGCACUCAUAGUCCAAGCCGCUUUUGCCCUGGAAUACGGCAAGUUCUUGUACCUUCCCCUGACCACACAGUAUCAGCAGUCUGAGAAAUCUCUGGCUGAUCUCAAUGGGCUUCUCAUGAUUCAGCAAAACACUCAACAACUCACAUUUUUCAACCUUGUGGUGAAGAAGGUGAUGCAGGUCAUUGACUGCAUCACCGAGUGGAAGAGGCUAACCAGUGCAGGGUAUGACAUUAAGGAUGUGCCUACCUUGGCAGAGACUCUGCAUGAGAUCCCUGUUGUUGUGUAUUGGGCAAUCUUCACCUUUGUCACUUGCACUGGUCAAAUUGAUGACUUCACUGACCACAGGGUUCACAAACAUGAAUUAUCGAAAAACUUUGAGAACAAGCUUGACCUCAUUCUGAGAAAUUUUAGGGAACAUCUGGAAAUGUGUAGCAGGGAGAUAGGGAGAAUAGAAGACUACUCCAGGCGUAAGAAUAUUGUCAAUAUUACUGGAAAAGAUAUUGUGAAGGUUUUGAAAGCACUCAUCAUCUCCAGUGAGAACAAAGAUUCAAGACAUAAUGUGAUUAAUGGCCUCACUUUAGAACUGGUUAAAAUUGAAGAGUUUAGGAAGAAGCAUGUCUUAUUGUUCAUUUCGGGCCUUGAACAUAAUGAUGAGGAGAUUCACCUUCUGAAAACGAUUUACGAGAAAUUGAAGGAGAAACCAAGAGAAGUAGAAGGUUACAAGAAGGAGGAUUUCAGGAUUUUGUGGAUCCCCAUUGUGGAUGAAUGGACCGAGGAUCGAAGGAAAACAUUAGAAACUAAAUUACAAAGAACCAAGUUUGGAUGGUAUGUGGUGAAACAUUUCAGUUUUGAAACAGGCAUCAAGUUAAUCAAAGAGGUGUUCAACUAUAGUGAAAAACCUGUUAUCCCAUUGAUAAGUCCUGAAGGUAAAGUGGAAAACAUUGACACAAAGCAGAUAAUAUCUAUGUGGAGCAUUGAUGGAUUUCCAUUUCGAACUUCUGAUCACACUCGACUUACUCAACAAUGGAAUUGGUUUUGGUCUGAAAUGACCAAGCUUAACCCAAGAAUAGGGGACUUGAUUGAGGAAGAUCGUUAUCUCUUCAUAUAUGGAGGCACAGACACUAUGUGGAUCCAAGAAUUCACAACUGCCAUAGAGAAAUUGAAGAGGGAUGUUGAGACAUUAAGCUCGCAAGUAGACAUCACAGUAGACUCAUACCAACUAGGAAGGGAAGACCCUAAGAUUGUGCCACGCUUUUGGAUUGCUAUUGAUAGCUUGCUUGCAAGUAGGAAGCAACAAAUGAUGAAGGGUGGUGAUCAAGGGGUGCAAGACUUUGCAACAAAAGAGAUAAAGAGGUUGCUCUUCCUCAAACAAGACCCUAAGGGAUGGGUCAUUCUUAGUAAGGGGCACAAUGUGAAGCUCCUAGGUCAAGGUGAGGCCAUGGCUCGCACGGUCAAGGACUUGUGCGUGUGGCAUUUGAAGUUGCAUGAAGAAGUGAGCUUUGAUGUGGCGUUCAAAGAGUACUAUGAGAGCAUCAAGGUCAAGGAUAGUCCUAAAAAAUGUGAGCAUAGUGAAAUUUCUAACUACCCUACAGAUAUAUUGGCUCAUAUACCUUGCCCUAAUAUGGAAUGUGGACGUUCCAUGGAGGUAACUUCUGUUAAUUAUAGAUGUUGUCAUGGUCUUGAUCCAUAG